AUAAAAAUGGCUUAUAGGUACGUUCUUCUUCAGUGUGAACACCCAGUUAGUGAACCAACCGGUCUCGCUGUAACGCCGUCCGGAGCGCGGUGGACCAAGCAACACCAUAACAGAGCAGCAGCGGACGAAACCAUGCUGCGAUAAUGCAGCUCUGCUGUUGGGUGUGCCUAUUUCACAACCGCCGCCACCAUUAGUCGAAGAUGGUGCGUCACCAGCCAUAAUUGCCGAAGAAUCACGCGAGAACGGACCGAAAUCCAUUCGCGGAUCCAGCGAAAAGAAGAACCUAGCUGCACCGAUAUGGAAUUCACUAAACAAACGUGUGGCUCGCUGUGCUUGACAAGGCAAUCGGCCCCAUAGUCACUUCAGAAACUAUUCGACAUCAUGGCCUCGCACUUAGUGGAGUUCUUCACGACCUUUGGCAAUUUUUCCUUCUGUGGAAAAGAUCCGCUUGUCGAUCAUUGACACAAAUGAGUGACAAGGAAGACGACCCAGUGCUAGCCUUCUUGCUGGGCUCCAUGCCGUCGUUGGACGCAAUCGAGCACAACACUGUUGUAUCGAGAGAUGAGGCUGCGGCUGAAGACGAUCUUCCAGCGCUGGAGCCCGCUUCCGACAGCGACGUGGAGCCACACUCCGACGUCAGUGCAACAGCAGAGGGCAGCAACAACAGCGACUGGGACGCCACCACCUCGUGCGAGUCGGAAGAUGACGGCAAUCUUGUAGACAUUCGGCAUCGGGAGGCGACCGACCAAGAGAUUUGCACGAAAGAUCCGGAAUUGAAACGCAGCCUGGAAGACCAGAACAAUCGCAUUGCGGAGGCGGAGCACGAGGACGACUGCACUGAUCCAGCAACUGUAGAUUCGGGUGAUGAGGUCCAACAGGAAGAGAAAAGAGUACCUAAGGCAACGAAGAGCUCUAAACCCGUGGCUAAGUCAAAUCGAGCGGUGGUAAAGAGCAAACGGUUGGUGACGGAGACCAAGGACCGAGAUGGUAGCGAUCCGGUGUUGGAAGAGUUAUUCUUUGUGGGCUGCGUUGCCACUGUGUUGGUCGCGUACCUUGUUGCAUGUGUUUACAGUUUCUUCCAUCCGUUAGUGUUCCCUUUACCGGACUACGAGGAGCUGUACUCCGCAUACGACAUCUCGAAUGUUUCCGUUCGUAUCGUGAACCCCGUGGAGAACUCUUUUAUCACUCCGCAAGGGGUUUCAUUCGAGUGGCAACUUGUCAAUUUUCCAACCGAGGCGUUACAUUUGUAUGGAGCGGAGGUAUUUCGCUACCAAGUAUCUCUGGAUGACGAAAUUAUCACGUCGGAAAUCGGAUUUCUUGCACUUCAGGACGAUGACAAUGGUGCGGAGGCAAUCAAUCGUACUGUACACUUUCCCAUUCCACUAAGAAAAUUUACUCGCGAGGAUGACGAGAACGAGUUGUUUAAACUCGAUCUUGAAGUUACUAUACCGAUUCCUGGUUUAAUCGAAGAACUCAAGACAUACAAGCAAGAUGCAUACGUUCGAAAGCCACCAGCUCCCUCUCGUGAGGAUGGAGUGCACAUAACGCUUACGUCACCUGUGAACGGUGCUGUCUUCGAGCAGCAUCAGUCUAUUAUACUCGAGUACAGCGCUGUGAAUGUACAAAAGUUGGUCGUGCACGUUGACGGUAAAGUGUAUCUGGAGAAGACCUACGUGGACGAUGGCAAUAUGUUAUUCCGUGGACUGGGCGUGGGGCCCCACAAGUUCGAAGUGCAAGCCGUGAACGACCGGAAUGAGGUUGCAGCGUCUAGCACAGUGCAUGUAGAGAUAAUUUGAGCGCUUACAGGAUGAAUAGCGCUAGGGAAACCUGGAUGGAGUUAGUGUACCCAAAUAUACGGAACUUACAAUAAUCCCACCGUAACGGGGAAAAGGG